GAAUAGCUCUCUACAGUGGGUAACUGAUCUAGAAUUUACUGUGAAAGAAAAAUGGGAGAACAAGCUUACCGAAUUCAAAUGUAUAAUGGAAGAGAAACUAAAUCUUUGCAUAUUAACGCUGAACAUCUUGGGAAGCCAGAAAGAAUCUCUUGGUAAAGAAUCUGUCAAAUUAAUAGAGAUUUUGAAGAGAUUCAGACUGGAAUAUUUUAAUUUCAGAAAAGAAUUUCUUUCCAGGCAGAAACAACUAGAAGCCCUUGAACAACUGCAAGAAGAUGCUGUCAACCAGAAAGCUGGUCUUAGGAAGAAGGUCCAUGGAAACAGCCCAUGGCUGGAGGACAGAGAAAAGCAGGUUGAGGAUCGAGAUCGGGCAGCCCGCUCAGCCAGUGAUAAAGCUAAGUCUUUGCUGCAUAAAUUAGAGGAAGCAAUUUCAGAACAACGGAAUCUUCAGACUAAAAAUACUGAGUUAGUGAAUACUUGCCAGACACUUGAACGGAAGACAAGAAAAUUGAAAACAACAGUUGAGUCACUGAGAAAGAAGUUAAUUAAAGGACGACUCCAUGGCUUGCUGUUUCAGAACUGUUUAGAUGAGGAAUUUCCUGACGGUGAUCCCUUGUCCUGCACAGAUGGAAUCCAACGACCUCUUCAAGAGCAGCUGAAGCAGUGUUGCCAUAAACAACAUAGCGGUCAAGAAGCAAGAAUACAUCAGACACCCCUGACCUUCAAACAUACGUGCUGGUACACACCUCUGCUGGAUGCCUUGCAUCUAGAGAGCCUUACAGUGAUUCCAAGACUGGAAUUGACACCUUUCUCAGGUGUAGCCAACCGAAUCCAAGCUUCAUGUGAACGGCCCAACACUGGGGACACUGGGGAUGAUGCUAUGGAUGUGACUGGAAGACACAAGUGCCCCAGUCCUGAAGUUGGCCCCCACUCAGGAACAGAUCUUUCAGGCUGCAUCAGGAUGGAUGAUGACCUAAGGAUGGAAGAAAAUGGUGUUGAACGCUUGUAUCCUGAGAGCCUGUCCAGGGAAUAUUCCACACUAUCAUCUCCUGGACACACGUCAUCCACAGAGAGUACUGUGACUUCAAGUGAUUCUGGGUCAGAAAUUUUGAACAUGGCUUCUGGUGACCUUGUCUGUAAAUCACUCUGUGAGAAAAAGGAGGAUACAAGAUCAGCUUCGGCUAUGAUAAAGAUCACAGGCAAAAGUCCAGCUGCUGACAGUAUUUCACUCCAAGGCCCUGUGAGUGAGGACGAAACCACAUUAACUCUGGAAGCUAAAGAGGAACCACAAACAAUAGAUGGGCAUAGAAAAGAAUGUGCUGCAGGAGAUACAACUGUUUCCUCUCUUCCUGUAACCACUAUGAAAUCAGUUAACUUUAAACAAAGUGACAACACUUCUGCUAAUGAGAAGGAGGUGGAGGCUGAAUUUCUCAGAUUAUCUUUGGGAUUUAAGUGUGACUGGUUCACCCUGGAGAAAAGAGUGAAGCUUGAAGAAAGAUCACGAGACUUGGCAGAAGAAAAUUUGAAGAAAGAAAUCACUAACUGUUUAAAGCUGUUAGAGUCCUUAACACCGCUUUGUGAAGAUGACAACCAUGCCCAGGAAAUUGUGAAGAAGCUGGAGAAGAGUGUAACUUUCCUUAGCCAGUGCACUGCACGAGUGGCCAGUAGAGCUGAGGUGCUCGGAGCCAUUCAUCAGGAAAGCCGGGUUAGUAAAGCCGUUGAAGUGAUGAUUCAGCAUGUAGAAAACCUGAAGAGAAUGUAUGCCAAAGAGCAUGCUGAAUUAGAAGAACUGAAACAGGUUCUUCUGCAAAAUGAAAGGUCUUUUAAUCCUCUUGAAGAUGAAGAUGACUGCCAAAUUAAAAAACGCUCAUCUUCUCUAAAUUCCAAGCCAUCUUCUCUUCGAAGAGUGACCAUUGCCUCUUUGCCAAGAAAUAUUGGAAAUGCAGCAAUGGUGGCUGGGAUGGAAAAUGACCGAUUCGGUAGGAGGUCAAGCAGCUGGCGUAUAUUGGGGUCAAAGCAGAAUGAACACCGUCCCUCAUUACAUCGAUUUAUUAGCACCUAUUCCUGGGCAGAUGCUGAAGAAGAAAAAUGUGAUCUGAAAAAUAAAGAUGACUCUGAACCACCUGGAGAGGAAAUAGUGGAAAGGACCAGAAAGCCCAGUCUUUCUGAAAAGAGAAACAAUCCAUCAAAAUGGGAUGGCUCUUCAAUUUAUGACACAGUAACUUCCUGGGCAGCAAGUCUCCAGACUUCCGUCAGGAAGGCUAACACGGCGCUCUGGCUUUCUGUUGCAUUCAUUGUACUGUUUGCAGCUUUGAUGAGCUUCCUCACAGGACGAUUUUUCCAGAAGUCUGUGGACGCUGCUCCCACACCAGAUGGGGACUCCUGGAUGUCUCUGGAACAAAUCUUGUGGCCAUUUACUAAACUCCAACACAACGGACCACCCCCAGUGUGACUAGAGCACAUCUCAAUGUGUGUGUCUUCAUUUUUAAAGUUUCAGUAUCUGAAUUUGUAAAUUAGUAAUUUUUAGCUGGGAAAUUAUAGCAUAGAACCAGAGGGCCUCAGAAGGACGGUACGGUAUUUUACAUUCCCUCUCUCUGUGAUUUCCACCCCCUCCACCCAAAAUAUAAUGGGGAGGAGACCUACCUAUGAUCUCUUAGUGAGCUUUUUGAGGAGAGCUUACAUAUUGUUUGUUAAAAUUUAUUGAAAUAAAGAACCAUUCAAAUCUUCACACAGUGAAAAUUGAAAGUCUCAGUAGGCUACAUAUUAAUGGGGGAAAACCCCACUUUUUAAAAUGUGAGUAUAAAAUGUUUACUAGACUUAAGAAACUACUUGAAAUAGAUUCACUCAUUACAUUUUACUGAAGAAAUAACUUGAUAUUUCCUCCAAGUUCCUUGAUUCUUCACACUGAACAAAAUGUAUCGGUGGGGAUUACGAAUAGCUGAGUAAUCUAGUCGAGAGGAGCAUGUGGCAUACAGAGUCAAUAAACUGGCAUCUGGAGCUCCUGAUUCUCUCCAUUGCGUCUUUGGAAGCAAAAUCCUUAACCAUGUGAUAUAGAUUAGAAUGAAACUCAGUUUCUUCUUUAAGGGCUUCCGAGAAUGUUUCACUGUUUUCGUUGAUGUUGAGCCUCUGUGCUCUGUCACCAUUAAACAUUAAAAGGGUCCAAUCAGGAUCCGGAACAGGCUCUUCUUCAGUAAGGUGUUCCCUCAGCUAAAGAAAAAGAAAGGUAGAGACAUCCAUUAAUCGUUCUUCUAGGGAUUUUAGCAGAGUGUAAUUUGAACUCGGUCCCCAAAAUUCCUAAUGUAAAAGAAACAUUCUUAGUGUCCCAUUUUUUAAACCAUGUGUUUACAGAGCUUGUCAAAAUGUAUUAAUUCAUAAUCCAUUUGACAGAGAUACUGUUGAGAAGCCACCACGAGCCGGCCCUGUUCUAGGUGCUGGGGCCAGAACAACACAGAAAACCAAACCGUGAAGGAGCAAUCGCCAUAGUAAACCGUAUCCCCAAGCGGGAGAACCCCCACUACGCCAGUAAAUACGGAGGCUGGCUUCUGCGGACACCUACGUCAGUCAGCGUUCAGGGUUUGAGAAGACACCUUUGACAGCAGGCAGUAAGUUAAGCUUUUCCCUCAGAGACAGGCAGGCCUCCGGUUUGUGAAUCAGCUAUGUUCACAUUAAAAGCUUCCAUCUGUUCUUGCGUUGAUGUCAAGAGAUAGGAGGACAUUAGCCUGAAGUUAGAGGAGGUGACACCAUACCGGGCAAUGAGGGCAUGACCUUUAAAUAGUUCAGCUUUUAUUUUUGACAAAAUAAACAAAAGUGAAGUUUUAAAACUA